AUGGGUCGACUAUUAAUAUAUUUUCAGUUUAAGAAUCCAAAUAGACAGGAAGCAUAGAUUCCACGUGUGAAGUAACUUGGCUGUCAAAAAUGAAGUAACAAGCGGCUAGUAGUGUUUUUAAAGUCAAUUAUCAUGUUAUGACUAAUGCCAAGCGAAGUCAAACCUCGGAUUACAAUUCUCUAUGGGUCUCAAAAAGGUCAAGCCCAGUCCAUAGCUGAAGGGAUAGCUGAAGAGGCAGAAGAGCACGGACUACUUGCUGAGCUCAGCUGUUUGGAUCAGAAAGAUAAGUACAAUUUGGAGAAGGAGAAGUCCCCGGUAAUCUUCAUUGUGUCUACUACUGGAGAUGGAGAGCCACCAGACAAUGCCCUACAAUUUGUCAAGCAAAUAAAGAAGAAGAACCUCUCAUCCAAUCACUAUCAACACAUUCACUAUGCACUUUUAGCUUUAGGAGACACAAAUUAUGAAAACUUUUGCAACUGUGGCAAGACAAUUGAGCGACGUCUACAAGAACUCGGAGCCCAGCAGUUCUAUGCAACAGGCUAUGCAGAUGACGGUGUAGGGUUGGAGCUGGUUGUGGACCCCUGGCUUGAAGGACUGUGGAAAGCUGUCAAAGCAGCGUUAGCAAAUAUGGAAUCUGAAUGGACUAUCAAAGAGGAUUCAGAGAAGACAAUUACCACUUCAUCCACACCGGAUCUCCAGCUAAACUUACUAACCAUCACUGACCAUCAGACUCCAGUUUUGGACCCUGAUUGUGAAUCUACUGGUUCAGUUCCUACCCUGAAUGUUGCAUCCCCAUCAGUUGAAAGUGUUAAUUUAACCAUAUUACCAGCAGAGAGACCAAAUGUGGAUUCUGGAAUGCCCAGUGCACCUUCACUGUCACGCUCGGUGCCUCCACUAUCUGACUUGUCUCUUAAUGUCCCCACUCUUCCUCCAUCAUUUCUUGACGUGUCUCUUCUGGAAGUAGACACAGCGGAUGAGAUUUGUGCACCAUUAAACAGCGAAACCCUCAAUAAGGUUCCUAUAUCCCGUGCGGUUCGUUUAACAACAGGGGAGUCGGUCAAGACAGCCAUCCUUUUUGAGCUUGACAUCUCUGCGUAUCCAACGUUGACCUAUCAACCUGGGGAUUCGUUUGAUGUUUUCUGCCCGAAUAGAAUAUCUGAGGUCAAGCAAUUGCUCCAAAGAUUGAGCCUUGAAGAGAAGAAAAAUCACCGUGUUAAAGUUUCUCUACUUGAAAACACAAAGAAAAAAGGUGCUCAGGUGCCCUCAUACCUACCUCAGUACAUUUCUUUACGGUACCUGCUAACAUGGUGUCUGGAGAUUAGAAGUGUUCCCAAGAAGGCCUUCUUGCGAGCACUGGCUGAGCAUACAACAAACAGUGUGCAGAAGAGAAGACUGCUGGAGCUUUCUAGCAAACAGGGCACCGCCGACUACAACCAGUUUGUGAGAGAGUCGAGCCUCAGUGUUUUGGAGCUUCUUGCUGCCUUCCCAUCCUGCCUGCCUCCCCUCAGUCUUCUUAUAGAGCAUCUCCCCAAGCUGCAGCCAAGGCCUUAUUCAGCUGCGAGCUCAUGCCUUCAACACCCAGGCAAGAUGAAUUUCGUCCUGAGCCUUGUCGAGUUCUCGGCAUGUUCGGGUCGUCCUGCGGGGAGGCGGGGCUUGUGUACAGGUUGGCUCUUUGACCUCGCCGCCCCUGUCCUAGUUCUCCCAGGGAAGGGUGAACCGCAUUGUGACACGGCCCUGCCGCAGAUCCAUGUGAGUUUGAGACCCAACUGCUCCUUUCGACAUCCACCAGACACAUCCGUGCCUCUCGUAAUGGUUGGACCUGGCACAGGUGUAGCACCCUUCAUUGGCUUCCUCCAGCAAAGAGAAAAGGAGAGGCAGCAGAAUCCUGAUGCAGUGUUUGGCGAGACCUGGUUGUUUUUCGGUUGUCGCUACAAAGACCGAGAUUACCUAUUCAGAGAGGAGCUGGAGGGCUUUGUGUUAAGUGGUACUUUAGACCAUCUCAAAGUAUGUUUCUCUAGAGAAGACCCCAAGGAAGAGGACACAAUCAUCUCAGGAGGAACUCCCAAAUACGUCCAACACAAUUUACUACUUCACAGCCAGAAGAUCAUCAACAUCCUGCUCAAGCAAAACGGUUGCCUCUAUGUGUGUGGGGAUGCCAAGAACAUGGCUAAAGACGUAAACGACUCCCUGAUAGAGAUGAUCAAGACUGAGCUUCAGAUAGACCAACUGGAGGCCAUGAAGCAACUGGCUAGCCUGAGGGAGCAGAAACGCUACUUGCAAGACAUCUGGGGAUGACGGUGGACUUCAUUUUUACAUGAUCUGAGCUUACAACGUGCUCAAUCAUAGCCUUCUGAACUAAGAAAGUAUUGCUGCUAACCUUAAUAGAAUGUUCGCUGCAUCAUUUUGGAGAAGGACCUAAGCACAUGAGAUCUUGACAUCAUCUCAUGCACUAACCUCAACUGGCCAAUAACGAGUUGAAUUGAUUCUUAUGGUGUGAAAAUGCUUUUAGGCUUCAUGUUCGCCCUGCCGGGAAAAGCAUUUAAGUCGGCUUUGAUUGAGGGAUUCCAAUACGACUGAAAGCCGGAUAUGGUUCCUCCUUAAAUAAACAACCAAGUCAUUUACACGCAAACCCACAUACAAAUAUUAAAGGCUUGUGCACGGUGCAGAAAUUGAUUUUUUUUUAGUAUUGUGCUAUUUCUUUUUAAUGUGCAAAACCCCCUGCCAACUAAAUACACUACAUUUGCAAAGAACCUCUGAAGGCUGCACAUCAAUAACUCCGUAGGUUUAUAAGACUCUUUAGUUUGGUCCCAUUUUAUACUGUCUAAUGUAUUUAAUUAUGGAGUUUCAGUUUAAAAAAUAUAUGAAUGAAGGCAAAAUCCAAGACUGGUUUCUUUUUUGUAUGAUAAAGUUUGUUUGUUUGGGCCUGAUAAUACCAUUUUAGACUACGCCAAAUGUUGUCCCGGUUGAGCUAUGAUCUUAAAAACAAACAAUCACACUGCCUGCCUUAUUGUGUAGUCUGGAAAUAAAAUCAUUUUACAAACUUCCAAUGGCACCGCUAUUACUUUCUUUGCUUUUUAUUUUUAUGUCUUAAACCUGUCCUGAUCACAUUAAGAGCAUUACUUACUCCCAUUGUGAUCAUUCAAUAUAUCCCGUUUAUUAUGACAA